CAGGACCCAGAGGCCGAGGACGACGAGCAGAUCGACGACGCCGACGUCGAGCAGGCAUUGGCGAGACCGCCGCCCGUCGACAGUGACUAUCUGCCUCUGCCGUGGAAGGGACGGCUGGGCUACGCCUGCCUCAACACGUACCUGCGCAACGCGAACCCCCCCGUCUUCAGUUCGAGGACCUGCCGCAUUGCCUCGAUCCUCGAGCAUCGCCAUCCCCUGAAGCAUCCGUCGCUGCCCGAGCAUCCUACUAAGAACCGCCCGGACCGCGACCAGCCGGCUGAUGUGGCCCGCGGGCAAGCGUACGUCGAGGCGCUGGGCCUGGCCAACGCCCGUGAUGUUGUGAAGAUGCUGCGCUGGAAUGAUCGCUAUGGGAUCAAGUUCAUGCGGUUGAGCAGUGAGAUGUUCCCCUUCGCAAGCCACGCCGAGUACGGCUAUAAGCUGGCCCCUUUCGCAGCCGAGACGCUGGCGGAGGUUGGCAAGGUGGUGGCGGAGCUGGGGCAUCGAGUUACUACCCAUCCGGGACAGUUCACCCAACUCGGCUCCCCCCGCCCCGCCGUCAUCGCCGCCUCGCUGCGCGACCUAGCCUACCACGACGAGCUCCUCUCCCUGCUGCAGCUCCCGCCGCAGGCCGACCGCGACGCCGUCAUGGUCCUGCACAUGGGCGGCGUCUUCGGCGACAAAGCCGCGACCCUCGCCCGCUUCCGCGCGCACUACACGUCGCUCCCACAAAGCAUCAAGAACCGCGUCGUGCUCGAGAACGACGACGUCAGCUGGCACGUGCACGACCUGCUGCCGGUCUGCGAGGAGCUCAACAUCCCGCUCGUGCUGGACUUCCACCACCACAACAUCCUGUUUGACGCGGCGCACGUGCGCGAGGGGACGCGCGACGUGGUGGCGCUGUUUCCGCGGAUUGCGGCGACGUGGGCGCGGAAAGGGGUGCGGCAGAAGAUGCAUUAUAGCGAGAGCGAGCCCGGGGCGGUGACGCGCAGGGAGCGGCGGAAGCAUGCGCCGCGGGUGCGGGGGCUGCCGCCGUGUGACAGGGCGAUGGAUUUGAUGGUUGAGGCGAAGGAUAAGGAGCAGGCGGUUUUCGAGCUCAUGAGGGUGUACAAGUUGCCCGGGUUCGAGAGGCUGGCGGGUGUGGUGCCGUUUAGGCGGGAUGAUGAGAAUAGGCCGGUGCUGAAGAGGGGGAUGGGGAGCAAGGGGGGGAAGGGGAGGGGUGAGGGGUUGGGAGAGAUGGAUGUGGAGACUGAGGGCCAUGAGGUUGUCAACGAGGUUGUGCCGGAGGAAGAGGUUAGUAUGGGCGGGCCGGACGGCCGCGUGUAUUGGCCGCCGGGGAUGGAGGAGUGGCUGCGGCCCAAGAAGCGCGUUAUCGUGAAAAAGGAGGACGGUGGGAAGGCGGCGCCGGCGAAGAAGGCGAAAGGGAAAGUGAAAGCCACAGAUAUCGUCAAAGCUGAGCAAGACGACGAGGUGGCUACACCUGCCAAACGCCCUGCUCCCAGGCACGCAGCGAGUGCAAGGAAGAAAGUCGCGCGAGAGGUCCCUACUCCAUCGACGUCUGAUGGCGAAGACGAGAUGGCUGAUUUCAGCACCCAUGAGACGGAGGCGGAGGUGGAGGUGAAGCGUGCGAAUGGCAUGAAGGCAAGGACGCCGGCGAGGAAGAGUAGGAGGGCGCUGAAGGUUAAUUAUGCUGAGGAUGAGUAG